UACAAUUCGUAAUAAAAGUGGAUUUUUUAAACAUAUAUCAUAAUGUUACCGGUAAGAUUAUUGUCAAGAUUUUCUCGCAGUUGUUCAACUUGGUCUAAAACGCAGAGUCAAGUGUUACAAAAAGAAAAAUUACUAUCCCGAAAGUUUUUUGAUGACUUUCCAAAGUUUUUGCCUGUUUUGUUAGAUGAUACUUUAUCCAAAACAAAAAUUAUCGAAAACGAAUCAGUAAGAAAUCGUAUUAAACGGAUAGCUGAAUACAACACUCUUGAGAAAAAACCCGUAGAGGCUGAAUUGAUGUUAAUUGCCUAUGAAAUGUUAGAGAAGAAUAGUAACGAAAGUGCGGAGUUUCAACAUCAAGCUUAUGUUAUAGGCUCAGCUCUAGAAAUGAUUCAAUCAUACUUUAUAAUAUUAGACGACAUGCAGGACGGUGGUAAGAUCAGAUGCAAUAAGCCAUGUUGGCAUCUACUCCCCGACGUAGGCAUGACUGCGGUGAACGAUGCCAGUUUGUUUAGAAGCUUCAUAACCGAUGUUGUAAGACAAAAUGUGCAUGAACCUUUAUUUUCACAAGUCAUGCAUAUUUUUGACACGAUUUACUACACAUUAGAAAUUGGACAACUGAUAGAUGCACAGUUUGUUAAAGCUAGAAACUAUGAUGAUUUUACUAUAGAAAAAUUUGACGCCAUGAAUAAAUAUAAAUCCUCAUUCUAUUCAGUGAAAUCACCGAUACUUCUAGCACUUGCAUUAUGUAAAAAAUUGAAUAGCGAAUCUUUCGCAAUUGUUGAUGAUUUGGGAACUGAUCUAGGAAUUCUUAUACAAAGUCACAAUGAUUUGAUCGAUUACUUGGAUGUUGACGAAUCAGUAGCGAGUAAAUCAGGUCAUGAUAUUCAAAAUGGCAAAUGUUCUUGGCCAGCCGUAGCCGCCCUCGAGUUGUGCAAUCCUGAGCAAAGAAAAAUCUUCAAUAAAUGCUACGGAAGUUGGGAUCCCAAAGAUGUGCAGCAAAUAAGGAAAUUAUACGAUGAACUAUCAUUAGCCGAAGUCUAUCGCAAAGAAGAACAAACUCGUUAUGAUAAUUUUCUAAGGAAAGUUCAUAAUUUACCAAAAGACUCAACGCCAUCUGUCGACUUUUUCUUAGAAAUCUUUCAAAAUUUUAGGGGUUACACCGAAAAUCUAAAGAAAUACAUGCAUGAGUGAUGUUUAACUCUUAUAAUGCACAAAUUUUAUUACAGAGUAUUUUAGUUUUAAGCAUGUGACAAUAGUUAUCGGACAGAGACUAUGCUUGCGUUGUCGGACUUCUAAUAACAAGCUAAUUUAACGAAGAAAAACAAAAUUAAAAUUGAAAGUUUAAAGAUUUAAUCUUUAAAUUUUUAACG